AUGAACAAGUAUCGUUUUGAAAUUGCAGAAGACAAUCGACUUUCAAACAUUCGGAAUGAUGAUGAUCAUCACUCUCAUCUCGAACAAAAUGAUGAUUUCAUUCACAUUUAUUCCAAAUAUCAUUCCCAUCUUCAAACAUGUAUCAUUGAAAAUAUUCAUGUGGCAUCCACUCUUUUAAAAUUUAUUAAAGUUUACAAACUUACGGGUGGUGGUGAUGGUGGUGGUGGUGGUGAUGGUGGUGGUGGUGGUGAUGGUGGUGGUGGUGGUGAUGGUGGUGGUGGUGGUGAUGGUGGUGGUGGUGGUGAUGGUGGUGGUGGUGGUGAUGGUGGUGGUGGUGGUGAUGGUAACACAGUUAUUCCUCUAUUGAACAACACUCAUUCCACUAUCAAUACUAUCAAUACUGUCAAUACCCUUCCUCAUUCCAAUCCUAAUGAUCACCAACAACAACAUGUUUUGAUUGGAAUCAUUCCAAUUACUAUUAAUUCUGGACACAUUCAACAUGAAUCUUAUAAUUUAUUCACACUCUCUCCUUAUCAUCAUUACAUUUCAUAUGGCAAAGCAGAAUUAUAUAUCAAUGAUCAUGAGAUUAACAAGUAUAUCAUUUAUGGAGUAGAACGAUUAAUUGAUUUAUUUAGUAAAUUAUUGGAAUAUACCAAAUUAGAUCAAGUGAUUAUUAUUGGAAAUUUAAUGUUAUCAACAAAUUUAUAUCAUGGUGAUUUAUAUUCGAGAUUUGACAUGUAUAAAGAAUUAACAGAUUAUUUAAUUGAACAAUAUCCACAACAUGUAUUAAUGAUGAGAUCUUUAAAUACACAAAUCUAUUCAAAAAUAUUACAAACUCUUCAUGACAUUGGUUAUCAAUCCAUACCAUCAAGAAUGAUUUAUACAUUGAAUUGUAGUAAUUAUAGCAUGAUUAAUAAUUUUAAUAAUUCUAAUAAUAAUUCUAAUAAUAAUUCUAAUAAUUCUAAUAAUUUUAAUACUAUUCAUAACAAUUCUAGCAAUAGAGAUGCAUCAUCCUCUCAAUUAAACAAUGCUCUUAAAAAAAGAGAUGUCAAAGAUGAUCAGAAAUUACUUUCCAAAUUUACAAAACAUGUCUAUGAUAUUUAUUCGAAUCAAGAUUUAUUAAAAGUGAUGAUGGAAGAUGAUAUUCAACAACAAGAACAACAUGAACACACUCAACAACAAAAUCAUACUCAACAUGAACAUAAUGAUCUGAAUGAACAACACUCUUGCAUUUCCUCCAAUCAUACUCAACAUGAACAUACUCAUAAUGAUCUGAAUGAACAACACUCCUAUCAUCCCUAUAUUCAUCAAAUGGUUGAAAUUUAUAACAUGUUAUAUAUUGGAAAAUAUUCUGAUUGUAAUAUCAAAUUCACACCAACAUUUAUUUAUGAAACUCUUAAAAAUAAUAUCAUUCAAUACAAGUGUUUAUAUAAUAGAGAAACUCAAUUAAUAGAUGGAGUGAUUGGAUAUUUCAUUAAAUCAUUUCCUGUUGAAACGUGUGGAAAUUCUAUGAAUGAACAAUGUGUGAUUUCAAAUUCAUCAUCAUCAUCACAUGGUGUGACUACUCUUGUGACUACUACUACUACCAAUACCACCACAGCAACCACAGCAACCACCACCACACUUCAUACCACCACACCUCAAUGGAUUCGUGUCAUGACAUGUCCAAUUUUAGGAUAUCGAACAACACUCAAUCAAAAAUCCAUUCCACUCUAUCGAUUACUUUCUGCACUCUUAUUGAAACUAGCUCAACAAGAAAAUGCAUUCUUUAAUCAAUCCAGUGGUGCUUCUAAAUUUAAAAUGAAUCGAGGAUGUACACCAUGUGUGGAAUAUAGUGCAUUUUACAAUAGACAUGUGAGUAUGAUGAGAAGAUUACCAUGGAAUGUAUUGAGAUUUUUGUUAAAUGUGAUUGCAAGACCAAUUAUGGAAUAUUAUCAAUUGUAA